AUGAUCUCCGUUUCUCAUUAUUCACACAUACCUCCGGAUCCACUCAACGCACCCCGAACAACUGAUAUACAGCAGCCAGAUUCACCAACUUUAUCGCAUACUAUUGCAUUGUCUUGUACUAUGGCCUCGGCAAAACCACAAUUUAAGAUGACCUUACCCUUAAAUCCUGUCGAAGAUGAUUCCGACGACGAGAUUGUCUGGGGUGUCUCAGAUGAUUCCCUGUUCAACAAUUCCUCGGGGAAUGAUUCUGACGACUCCGACUAUGUUAUCAUCAAGCAAACUGAUUCCGAACAGACCAACGCAGAGGGAACGAAACAGGGUCCCUACGCCUCAGACAGUACUGCUGCAUCUGUGGUUUUGGAGAUUCAGAUGAAUGACCUGACUCUGGAUCCAAGGUCAUCUGCCCACAAAAAGAAAUCGAAGAAGAAGAAGAAAGCUGAAGCAGGCCAGUCUACUCCACAGGCUCUAACGAAUAAGACUAAACGGCGAAAGGGAAAGCCCAAGGCAGGCCUCUUAUCUCAAUCAUCACCUCAAGCUCACAAGGGGAAUAACUCCAAAACCUCUGUCCAUCCUGCCCACAGCAUUGGAGAUGUAGAAUGGUUCGAAGAAAUGGCAGUUUCAAAUCUUACCGGUCUCGGAGCACGCUCAAUCGUCGAUGACUAUUCAGAUAGACUGUCUGUGGUUUCUUAUGACGAGUCCGAUCCGUCACCAACACUGUACGAGGAAGCCUCGACAUUCAUUUCCUCAUUUCUGUCAAACCCCGACGCGAAGAAGGAUAACGUCUGCAAACUUGCUCUCCUUCAAUCCCUUAUUAUCGAAUUGGGUCUUGCGACGCCAUCUCUCCCAGAUUCAUUAUCUGCCGCGAAGGCCUUUCUUAGGUCACGCGCAUUCUUGAAUAUUCGGGAGUACAUCGCCGUUCGUGAGCAAGGCCCGGAGGCUGUACAACGUGUCCUUUAUCCUACCAAGAGCGCCCUAAUCAAGGAUAUCAAGAAAACACGUAAAACAGCAUCACUGAAAUGGGUCAAACAACAUGGUCUCCAAGUUCUCCUCGUUGGAUGGACACACUGA